CAAGUCCGCGUGUGACGCUUAAGUUAUUUGCAUUUGUAACAUGAACUACUUGUGCUGAUUUGAAUUCGCGUUUUGAAGUAUUUUUUAAACAUAACUUACAUUCUUUCUUUUUUUUCUCGUAACCACCUGCAAAAUGAGCCCCGAGGUGUGUCCGUUCUGUGGGAAAUCCUUCAAGCGGUUAAAGAGUCACUUGCCCUACUGCAAGGCAGCCAAGCCCGCUUUAAGUCACCAUGAGCCCACGGUGUCCUCGCCACCAGGACAGCUAGAAGCAGACUCGUUUAAGAUAAAGGGGACGAAAACGCCACAGCUCGAUAAGAAGACAUCACCAGAAGCACCUGGGAAAAGUGGACAUAUGUCGCCACAGGUGAAGCCAAAGAAAAAGAGCAUUCGUGCCACAAUAGAAGCGGCAAAAUCCAGCCAAACCUCUCCAGGUAUGGAUUCAGCUCCACAAACUCUGGAGACAGUACCUUCAAGAUCCACGAGCACCAAGUCCAGAUCAUCUGCAGAGUCCCAAAAACCCCAAAGUGCCUCUAAAGGGAAACAAAUCAAGUGCCCAGAAAAAGAAAUGGCCGUCGGAAAGGAAAUGCCCAGGAUUACGGUCCAGCAUGUUGGCAGCACAUUGGGCCGGGCCAAGACCAACAUGCCUUCCAUUGAAACUACUCAAAUGAACACUAAAUCAGGUUUAAGUCCAGCUAGUUUGAAUAUCAUUAUACAACCCAAAAACUCUCUACUUCCGCUUAAAGAUAAUGUGAGUGGAUCCAAAGCGACCUCCUAUAAGCCUUCGAUUCUGCCCGACCUCAAAACAUCUAAAGUUGGUUUUCAACAGACAGAAUUCACUUCAGUGUUGCCAGGACACCUUUCGAACUUUCAGUCCAGAACUGUAGAUACAGCAGCAACAAUAGAAAUGAGGAAAAGCAACUCAUCAGCAGGACGGAGCCUAGGUCAGGUGACACUGCGGGAGCUUCCUGAGUGGCUGGCCUGCAAGACGCCACGCUGCCCGGGAGAUGCGGCGGAAAUGAUGCUGAGAGGCUGGCAGUGGUACUACAGGAAGUAUAUUGAUGUGAGAAAAGGCGGCGUGGGCGGCAUUGGCAUGCUGCUGGCCGGAUAUUGUAUGCUCAGCUACGUCUGGUCUUACCCUCAUCUUAGUAUGUAUACAUAUGAACACUUGUCUCUUUACAGUGUCACAUUUUGAGUUAAAGUGUUUCAUUGUUUUGUUUUAUAGAGCAUGAGCGCUGGAGGAAGUACCAUUAAGAAUUAUUAUGCAUUAUAUCAACUACAAAUAAUUCACUGAGGAAAAAUAAAAAAAAUUCAAUUACGCAGUG